GAUUAAUGGACAGCCCUCAUUGCAACAGAUACCCCCGUGCCCAGCUGAGCUGCAGACUGGUCAGUGGAUUCUGUAGCACAUGACAGGUGACUGAGUCCAGGACCCUAUUUUGAGAAGUACAGGGAUGAAUUCACAAUCCUCCAGAAAUAAACCCCUCCCCAUUUUGUGCUCACAGGGAGAGAGGAGCUCUCCAUUAUGACAAAAUUCUUCUCCUUCUUGAGGGCUGGCUGGGGGGAUUCCCUGCUACGCCCUCGUGGGGAGGGGUCCUGACUCAGCCAGGAUGACUUUUGUGGAGUGCGGUGAGGAGUUUCCUCCUUCUCAGGACUGACUCACUCUGCUGACUUACUGCUCCCAGCCUGCUGUGUUGGAAAGGAAGAGUCUGAGCAUCAAAGCUGGGUCUCUAUUGGCAGAAGAGAGCAUGGAUCAUAGAGCUCCUGGGUCAGUGUGAAAUGGGCACAGUAACACUGACUGGGAAAUAAUGCUGGGAGACACUGGCAGUGGGAGCAGGAGGUUAGCACUUGCAAACCAGUUUGCACCCCACUCCCCCUGAACGUUACUUUCUCUGCUGGGGGACUGGAUGGCUCCAGGGCUUUGUAGGGGAAUGUGGAGUUUUUCUGUGUCUAAGCUCCUGUUCCGUGACCUCUGCAAUGUGAGUUUUGUGUUCUCGGUUCCAUUCCUAAGGGACACCUGUUCGCACCGAAGCAACCAGAAUUGGCACUAGCUGGCCCCUUCAUAGGCAGUCUCAGCAGAGAAUGGGGCCUGGAAACCAACCUCCCUUCUUCUCCUCUGCUGAGGUGACCACCCCAGUCAGGACUCGGGGUGCAUGCCGGCUGCUUUCUCACAUGGAGGAUGAAGGGACAGAGUAAUGGUCUGAAGAAUUCGCCUGCCAGCUGCCUCCCCCAGUUGUCCGUCACAACUAGUACUGAAGAUGAUCCGGAGCGGCCCAAGCUCACUCCCAGCAGAGUCCUGUCUGCAGGUGAUGACACCUCCUUGGAGCUUCAGGGGGUGGCUGCAUUGGACAAUGCAGAUCAGCCAGACCACUCUACCAUCCAAGGGAGAGGAGCUCUGUCGAGGAUAGUCCGGCUGGUCGUGGUGCUUAGAGACUGGGCUAACAAAAGCUUGCGGGAGGAGGAACAAAGGCCAGAUUCGUUUCUCGAACGGUUCCAUGGGCCGGAGCUCCAGACGGUGACUGAAGGAGAUGGCAAUGCCCAAGGGGACCAGGAAAAGGACGGCAGCAAACGCAAAAAGAAGAAAUGGGAGCUGUUUGUGGUGGAUCCUGCUGGAGACUGGUAUUACCACUGGCUGCUUGUCAUUGCUGUGCCUGUCCUUUAUAACUGGUGCUUGCUUGUGGCAAGGGCCUGUUUCAGUGACCUCCAGAGUGACUACUGGAUCCAUUGGCUGGUGCUGGACUAUGUCUCGGACUGUAUCUACAUCACCGAUAUUGUCAUUCGACUGCGCACAGGUUUUUUGGAACAGGGUCUGCUGGUCAGGGACCCGAAGAAGCUACGGGAUAACUACAUCACCACCUUACAAUUCAAGCUGGACAUCCUCUCCAUCCUGCCAACAGACCUGGCCUAUCUUGCAGUAGGAUUACAUCAUCCUGAACUACGCUUCAACCGGCUGCUUCGCUUCUCUCGCAUGUUUGAGUUCUUUGACCGGACUGAGACCAGAACCAGCUACCCAAAUAUCUUCAGGAUCAGCAACCUGGUUCUCUACAUCCUGAUCAUUAUCCAUUGGAACGCCUGUAUUUACUAUGCCAUCUCCAAGGCCAUCGGGUUUGGGACAGACACCUGGGUGUACCCCAAUAUCACCGACCCUGAGUAUGGCUAUCUUGCCAGAGAAUAUGUCUACUGCCUCUACUGGUCCACUCUGACCCUGACCACCAUUGGGGAGACCCCGCCCCCUGAGCGCGACGAGGAGUACCUCUUCGUCAUUGUCGACUUCCUCAUCGGUGUCCUCAUCUUUGCCACCAUUGUGGGGAAUGUGGGCUCCAUGAUCUCCAACAUGAAUGCUACCAGGGCAGAGUUCCAGGCCAAGAUAGAUGCCAUCAAGCACUACAUGCAGUUCCGCAAGGUCAGCAGGCACAUGGAGGCCAAAGUUAUCAAGUGGUUCGACUACCUGUGGACCAACAAGAAGGCUGUGGAUGAGCGCGAGGUCCUCAAAAACCUCCCUGACAAGCUGAGGGCAGAGAUUGCCAUCAAUGUCCACCUGGAGACUUUGAAGAAGGUGAGGAUCUUCCAGGAUUGUGAGGCUGGUCUGCUGGUGGAGCUAGUGCUGAAACUUCGACCACAGGUUUUCAGUCCAGGAGAUUACAUUUGCCGAAAGGGGGACAUCGGCAAGGAGAUGUACAUCAUCAAGGAAGGAAAGCUGGCUGUGGUGGCGGAUGAUGGUGUGACCCAGUACGCUUUACUCACUGCGGGAAGCUGCUUUGGCGAGAUCAGCAUCCUCAACAUCAAAGGGAGCAAAAUGGGCAACCGGCGCACGGCCAACAUCCGAAGCCUUGGCUACGCCGAUCUCUUCUGCCUGUCGAAGGAUGACUUGAUGGAAGCAGUGACCGAGUACCCUGAUGCCAAGCGGGUCCUGGAGGAGCGUGGCCGGGAGAUCCUGAUCAAAGAAGGGCUUCUGGAUGAGUCCGCGGCCGCAGAGAGCACGGAAGGGAAGGACACGGAACAGAAGCUGGAGAGGCUGGAGUCCCUCCUGGACACGCUGCACACCCGUUUUUCCCGGCUCCUGACUGAGUACAAUGCUGCCCAGCUGAAGCUCAAACAGCGCAUCACUGUCUUGGAGUCCAGGGUAAAGCAGUACAACCAGGACGAAUUCUUCUCGGACAGUUCAGACAGCCCCCUGGAGGAAGAAGAAGAAGCUAAAUCCAAAGGGCAGGAGUGAGGGCCACAGAUGUCAGCUCUGGCUGUGUUCUGCAUGGUGCUGAGAUGGUAUUUCCAGGAACGCAUUGCUCCCAAUGCCUUUUAUGAGACUUAUCUUGAACCCAUAGAAGUGCUGCUGCCAGCCUUGGAGGGCUGGGAACUGAGUAGAGAGGAGACAGGUGAUUCCAGUAGCUCCCACUCAGGUAUAUCUCUCUCCUUGCUGCCUUUAUCCAAGACCUCGCAGGUCAGUAAAAGCAUGAGACUGACCUCUGCUGCUGCUAACAUUUCCUUCGAGCUUCUGCAGGGAGCCUGCUGUCCUCUUUCUGGCCUUAGAGAUCAGAACUCCAGUAACUCAGCGCCUUGUACUUGGGAGUCAGUGGGGACUUCUAGGCCCCGACAUGGCCUAGGUGGGGGUACAUAAGUAUUGAUGUAGUCACUUCUCCCUUUUCUGAUGGGGCUGGUGAGGAGGAUGCCCUUUGUUAUCUGAUGGGAAUGCUGAUCCUUCUAAACCGCAAGAGAGAAACUGAACCAUAAACCAGAUGCUCAUUAAUGUAUUUUGGUAUUUGCUUUUAUAACACACUAUGUUAUGUAAAUACUUCUUUUCCAGUGCCUGAGUCCAUAUGUUCAAGAGACUAAAACCUGAUGGGAAGAAAUCCAGCCCAAACCCUAUCUGUCUGCAAAUCGAAUGUCAUCUGGUUCCGCGUAGCCCUGUAGGUCAGACUCACUAUAGCCCUGAACAGGAGCUGAUGGUGGGGAUAGGAAAAACCUAUUCCCUACCUUACUAGGCUGUGUUUUCCUGUAUGAACAUCUUACUCAAUAGGCAGAAACACUCUUGUUGUGUCUAUUUAGUACUUGGUUCAUUAGGUUGAAGAGCAAUUUUCCUGGACACGUUUUACUAGGUCAUGCUGUCUUGGAGAAUGGCAUUUUGCUAGGCAUUCUGUUCCCAAACCACUGGAUAAAGCGGCCGCUUGAAUUUUACUUGAGCUACAGAGGCCUAGGGUGACAUUAGCAGUGUGCUUGGGGCUGACAGCACCUGUUCCUUUAUGUGCAAAAAUGUCUCUCUCUGCUCUCUAAUCAUGACUGGAUGUACAAGGGACACAUGUUCUAAAGACACAAAGCUGUGGCAAGACUCAACUACCUGUCUUUUGUUUACAGUGGGAAACUCAUAGGGUGUUAGCAGAGCCAUGUAUUUUUCUACAUGAUAUUUCCCUUUGCCAAGCAGCAAUAGGUGUCGGGGCUUUGCAGAUCCAUUUGGAGGAGGAAUUGGUGACCCAGGGUCAGGGGAUGAAAUGUUGGCCCCCUUAAGGUCUAUGGCAAAACACCUGUUGACUUCACUGGGGCUGGGAUUUCACCCCUUGUGUAUUCUUGAUGUAACUGUUUGUUUAUUUAUUAGCUGUUUCCUUGGUCACAACUGCAGCCAGGCAACUCCCUCUUGCAGCAACCUGCUCACCUCUGCUCUGUCCGCGAGAAGCAGCUGUGUGGGGCCUCUGCCUCUCUUGGAAUCUUGCUGCUUAAAACGCCAUUCCCUGUUCUGCCUCGGUACCUGAGCUUCAGCUGGGAAAUCCCCCAAUCCAAGCUCCUCACCUGGGACCACACAGCCUUCAACGGUGAGCCUGGGCAUCAACCCUGCUUAGCGCAAGCUGUUUUGUGAUGCAAAGGAACCUCUGAAAGGUUUCUCUGCCUACCAGCAAGUGCUUUAGCCUACACCCUCCCUGUAAUGACCUGUGGGUGUGAUAAGUUUCAUUCCGACUGCUUAUAUACCCAUGGCUCUUACCAUGCAGGAUGGGCCAUCUGCACCCUGCAUGUUUACAAACUAAGCAUUCCAGGAGUUGGAGCCCCCAAAGGAUCCUAUAAUGUCACUGUACUUGCAGAAUUAAGGUACACGGGGUGUAUGGACUAUCAUCCCAAUUCUCUGAACUAGCUAAUGCCCGAGUGCUGUAGUCACAGUAAGCCUAUAAUAUCCUUGCUUGCAGACGCUGGGUAUCCUGG